AGCUUUUUUUUGGGGGGGGGGGCGGUUAUUCUGGUCGGCUUCGCUGUGGCUCAUCUGAUCGAUUGAUGUGCAGCUUUGGUGAAGGCGUUGAAGUUUCAGGGCAGAGAAGAAGAAGAAGAAGAAAAGAUACAAGGAUAUUAAAUUAAAUUUUAAAACCUUAAUUUCCUCAAGAGGACAACGCGUUUCUCAGGAGAACUGUCUUCCUCCUGUAUUGCAUUUGAAGAUGAUGCGAUUGCUGUUCCUGUGUCUGCUGCUGCUGCUGCCAACCGUUACUGCUGUUUCAGAUGAGGAAGAAGGAUCAGCUGAUGAUGACAUGGAUGAUGAGGAUUUGCCUGAUAUUAGGAGCAAGCCUGCUCACGGUUCUUCAGCCGCAGAAGAAAGUACAGGUCAGCUCACCAUGAUUGUCAUCAUUGUAGCUGUGACGGUGUUGACUCUUUCAGUUGCAGCGAUAGUCACCACGUUGUUGGUAAGACGUCACAUGCACAUGCGGCAGCAAGGGAUCUACUCCGUGCCUACAGAGCAGGACCACAAAGGCGCCGUCUAGUUCCUGGUGGAGCCGCAGUUCUAGAACACACAGGGAAGAGAGGAGCAAUGCACUGGCUAUGUCAUCUCCUACUCUUUGUCUCAGGACUCUUUGCACAACAGCCUGCUUCUCACCGUUCUGUUCAUUGCUCACUCCUACACAACCUCCUAUCAAUACAUAUGCAAUAUAUGUUUUUUUGUUGUUGUUUUUUUUUUUUAAUGUCGUAUACUUUUGUCUUUGUCCCAGCCAUUUGUACUCCACAUACACACAAUUUAGCCUGGGACAUUUGGAACACAUUCAAACCUUCUAAUUGGAUUCUAUUUGAGGAAUCCAAAUCAAAGCCAGUGAAUAUGGCUUAAAGCUUCUUUUGUUAAAAGGGAUAAUUUAGCACAGCCAGAGCUCCCCCUUCUUUACCACCUGAAACAAGAAAUUAUUCCCACCAGCUAUGCAGUAAAACUGCAUUUGCAUUUGAUUUGGUGUAUGUGGAACAGACCCGUCGGUGUGAAAUGGUGGUUGAGUGAGACAAACCAUGCUAAUCCACACUAAGCCAGCCCAGUGCUCACUUCAUUCUCCUAUUCACUUGUCUGACAUCUUCUGUUCCUGGCCCAUUAGGAGUGACAGGAGGCAGUGCAAUAGGAAGAUAAAAACCUGUUUCCCCUCUUCUCAACCUCAGUAAAAAAGGAAGUGGAAAGUGGAAAUAGCCAGUGUGAACACCGUCUUGCAAGGCAGCGAAUUAAUCAACUGCCAUGAAUGAUGAUGUUUUCUUUUACACCUCUUUUCCGUUUUGAAAGGCUUUUUCACCUCAGUCUUGCAGAUUGUAAAUAGCUCUGUGAAUGUUGUAGAGAGUUAGAUUAAUCAAAUAAAGUGUUGGGGAUGAUUGGGGAAAAUACAAACAAUGCCUUUGUUUCAUUCACACGAAGCAUGAUGGCUUCUCUGUUUUCAUUUAAAUGAAAAUCAAUCAUGCCCUGUGAAGGAAAGCUUUCUAUCCAAGAACCCAAGGCACUGGUUGCCUUGUUUGCUCUGAUACAGAGAGGGGAGCUUAAAGGGGUAGGGGACAUACUUUUCAAUGCUGUUCAUUUGUGGCUUUAUGAGGAGCACUUACUAUGGAAGUCAGCAACACUGGGAAUGGCUACAUUGGGUUUAACACUGACUCCCAUCCAACCAGACCUGAGAGCAAAAACAGUUGUGGUUGCGUCUUCAUCAGGGUGCACAGUGAAAUCUGUACAGGUCUGUGCUGAAGUGUCUUAAACAUGAUGCAUCCCAGUUUUUUUUUUUUUUCUUUUACCAUGGACAAGCAGAUUGGCAGAUGAGAUUAUUGUUAGUGCAUAUGUUUUACUGUUCAUAUUUGAGCACUGUGUGUACAGUGUUUCUCAAAAGCGUAGCAUUGCCCAGUAAACCUUAAAUAGGUGCUAGCAUUUCAAAGUCAGGACAAAUCCACAAAAAUUACAGAAUAAAACAUUUCAUUUUUUUUAUAUGUGUGCAGUCUAUCUAUUCAUAUUUAUCUGUAUUCACUUUUGUUUUAUAUUCCUGUCAGAUAAACAAACCACAGUGACCACAACAUUUGAGUGCAGCAGAAUCUUCUCUUUGAAUGCUUUUCCCCAAAUGCGGAAAGCAAACAAAGCAGAAAGAAAAGUCCAAAACGAAAUACAGUAUUUGGUCCAGCCUGAUCCACGCACGCAACCAAAAAUCUUAUGUACACUUGUAAUGCCUCUGUGCUGUGACACUACUCAUGUAAAUCUAUUGUAAGAAAUGUUAACUACUGAGCUUUGUUUCUUUCUCAGUGUGAUGUAUGUGGAAACUUUUUUUUUUUAAUGGCUGACACUUUUUCCGUCAAUGCAAAAGGAAUUGUAUGACCAUAUGCAGUUAUUCUUGCUUUUGAUAUAAUAUAUAAUAAUAUAUUGUAUGUAUUUACAAAUUUACGGAGCUAUGCAUUUGUGCAUUGUGUCUCUUGAUUGAUAAAUAUUUGGCUAAAUGGCCCUUUUUAUAUACUUGUUGAGUUUAAGGGGCAAUAUCUUCUCUCUGCUGUUGAUUUAUAAAUUGUGUGUAUAAAGAUUGUGGUGGGUGGGAGUCAGUUAUUUGCCAAAAAGCUUUUUAUGUAAAAUAUUUGUAUUUACUGUCAUAUAGCAGCAAAAAAAUUAAAUUUGGUCUUAAUGUUAAAUACUUAUGUUUAUAUGCACUUGUAGAUUAACCCACGUGUAUUAUUUGUGCCAAGUACCUUCACAGGGUUUUUUAAUCAUAUUAUAAUUUACAAAGUAUGUAAUACAUGACCUUAUAUCUCACAAGACAACUAUUGCAGCAGGAUACUGUAUGUCAUGAAUGCAUUCCAUUUGCACAACUGUAGCCUCCUUGAUUUUGUUCUGAUAGCAAUUAGAACAGUUAUUGCUAUAUUAUGUAGCUAUUCUGAACUUUGGAUUGUGUUUGUUUUCACCAUUAAAUCUGUUAUAAAAUCUG